AUGAAUGAGAUUAAAUCAGUGAAUGAGGGUGCUUUCAAUUGGCUGUCUAAGAAAAGGCGGGAAGAAUGGACAAAGUCACAUUUUAGAGAGCGUGUCAAGUGUGAUAUGGUGCUCAAUAAUUUAUGUGAGAGCUUCAAUUCAGCAAUAUUAAUGGCUAGAGAUAAGCCAAUUAUCACUCUUUUGGAAAAACUUAGGUUUUGGUUGAUGUGUAGAUUUUAUACAAAAAGGGAAACUAUAUCAAAGAUGGUGCACCCUGUUGGCAAGAGGAUCUUGCAAAUAAUUGAAAAAAACAAAAAGGUGGCAAGGAAUUGUUUCCCAAGGAGGUUUGACAAAACUAAAUUUGAAGUGACUUUUCUGAGCAAUGAGACCUUCGUGGUGGACUUGGUUACAAAGGCUUGCACAUGUAGGGGCUUUCAAUUGACUGGCACACCUUGUGGCCAUGCCUUAGCAUGCAUCUGGUUCAGUAAUGUACAACUUAUGGACUUUGUUGAUGAUUUCUAUAAGAGGGCAGCACUUGAGGUUACAUAUGCUGGAGUGAUUGAACCCAUGCCAAGUCCUGACAAAAGGCCAAAUAUUGGGUUGAAUCUUGUAAUCCCUCCAGAACCUACAAACAUGUCUGGGAGACCCAAAAAAUCAAGGAACAGAGAGCAUUUGCCUUGUAAGAAACUUGGUCCUCCACCAAAGAAGAAUCCAAAGCAAGAAACUGUGAAAAGGAAGGAGAGGUCACAGAGACAGAAAGCAAGAGCAGAUGCCCAAAUGCAGUAG